AUGGCCGAAAACUCCUUUGCAAAAAAAAAAAAAAAAAAUUUUCGACAGAAGAAUAAAUGUGAAACAGUUUCUCUCUUUUCUUCUAUAUCCGGAUGCGCCCAGAAUGGAAACGUCAAGGAAGUUGUUCGCAUCCUCAAAUCUGACCCCACACGUCUUCAUGCCAGGAAUGUUCAAGGCCAGAUGCCCUUGCAUGUUGCAGUAUCGAAAGGGCACCGUGAUGUUGUUGAAGCCAUCAUUAAUCAGAAAGCAGACCUGAACGCAGUGGACAGCCAGGGCAACACAGCGCUUCACCUUGCUGUCAUGGCCGAGUCACCAGACAUGGUGAGACUGCUUUUGAAGAAAGGUGCCAGCUUCACCAUCAAGAACCAGGCGCAGAUGAUGCCAGUCCACUUAGCAGCCGAGUUGCCAACAACUGAAAUCAUGAAGAUACUUCUAGAACAUGGAGCAGAUCCCAAUGCUCGAGGGGAAGGUGGUGUGACCGCCCUGCAUUUAGCCGCUGGACAGGAUAAUGGUGAUAUGAUGCGAUUAAUUAUGUCCACUGGAGGGAAGCCAUGCAUGAAGUGCGACUACGGUUAUUAUCCAAUACACGUGGCUGCCAAGAGUGCUUCAGCAAAUGCCAUGUCGGCAAUCAUUGAGCAAGCCCUCAAGUGUGGGUAUACACGGGAACAGAUCUUGAAUUUCAAAGACAGAGAAAAUAAUCUCCCCUUACAUUCCGCUGUCUAUGGUGGAAAUAUCAAGGCUGUCAGUGUGUGCUUAAAUGCCGGUGCGCUAGUCAACGCACAACAGGAAGACGGAUCCACACCUCUUCACUUCGCCUGUUCCCAAGGAAACAUGGAUAUGAUCAAGUUAAUGAAGGAGGCACAGCCUGAUCACUUCUUGGCAGCUGUGCAGUCUGUGGAUUCUAUGAAGAUGACACCCCUUCACAGAGCUGCUCUCUUCAAUCACAAACCGGUGAUGGAAUAUCUGUUAAAUGAGAAUGCAGAUAUAGACGCCAGAGAUAUCCAUGAACGCACUCCGCUACUUCUAGCAGCAUCCAAGGGCUGCUGGGAUACGGUACAGAUGCUUGUCCAAAGGGGAGCGGAUAUCAGAGUCAAGGACAAGAAUAGUCGCAAUUUUCUACAUUUGGCGAUCAAAUUUGGUGGAAAGCUCAAAUCCAUAGGCGGUUCAUUUAUGAAAGACAUACAACAUCUGCUUAACGAAAGAGAUGACUUUGGCUGCACUCCGCUACAUUAUGCUUCUAAAGAGGGUCAUCUGUUUGCUCUGGAUGAUCUUAUCAAGAUGGGCGCAGUGCUGAACUUGAAAGACAAUCACAAACAGUCGCCAUUCCACUUUGCUGCCAGAUACGGGCGUGUGAACACAUGCAGGCGACUGCUGGACAGCAUUCAUGGGCCCAACAUCAUCAACGAGACUGACGGGGACGGCCUGACGGCUUUACACAUCGCCGCACAGAACGGCCACACCAAGAUCAUCCAGCUGCUGUUGGAGAGGGGCGCGGUUGUCAGCAA